AUGCAGCCUCUAAGGCAAGACCAGGAGAGAAAAAGAAAGAUCCACCAGCUCAGGCCUUCAGUCAAGCCAUCUCAGCUCACAAUGACCUUGUUCCCCACCAAGUUUGAAAAUGGGAAGAUUGAGUACAAGAUAAGGUACAAGGGGAGAUCAAGGCCAUUCUCUAGAGCCAAGGCCUUGGUGACUUCAGAACAGUCCAGGGACCCAACCAAGCUAAAGGAGCUUCUGUCUCAAGUCCUCACUAUCACCCUUGAUGGUCUUUUGGAGCAUUCUGGAGCAUAUGGGACAGGAGCAUGGUUGCAUGGACGCAGCUCAACUGGAUACGCAAAGGAAGAAGGAGGAAGCCAUCUUGAAGACCAGCUCGACCACCUACUCGACCAACCGGUCGAGUUCCUCAACUCGACCGGCCAAGCUUCAACUCGAUCGAGCUGA